AUGGCUACGAUCAAUAAAACUCGACCUAGUUGUACUAGGGUUAAGGUUCUAGUUGACUUAAUGGAGAAACUCCCUGAUUCUGUCACUAUGGAGAUUGUAGACAAGGAGAAUAAAAAGAUUAGGGAUGUGGAUGUUAAGAUUCAAUAUGAUAUUUUGCCUAAGCACUAUAAAAGGUGUAGAUUACAAGGGCAUAAUGAAGAGGGUUGGAGAAUAUUAAAUCCUGAAUUAAGAAGUAGUCACAAUGGUAGGAAUGAGAAAAUAGAAGAACAACUAAAUGGAGAGGUUAUCCUAAAGACAGAUGGGAGUGCAUGGAAUAAGGUUAAGCACGAUAAAUAUUUAACAAAGGGAAAGGUGUUUGGGAAUGCUGUUACAUUCAAUCCAGUCAAAGAUAAUAGAGUAGUAACAAAGGAGAAAAGUACCAUGGCUACGGAGGAUAAAACACAAGUUCCCACCGGGGAACUUACGCUAGUAGAUGUAAUGAGGGCCUUACAAGCCUUGAACGAUAAGGUUGGUAGUAUGGAUGGUCGAAUGGAAAACUUGGGAAGUAGGGUGGAAGCAAUUGAAGGAGGAGGAAGUGACCCCGAUGCAUUUCUUGAUUGGGUGAUGCAUUGUGAUAGAAUUUUCUUGACGAAUGACAUGUCCGAGGCGAAAAAGGCGUCUUAUGCCAUUUCUCAAUUCGAAGGGUAUGCCUCCACAUGGUGGGAAACUCAAGUGAAGGCUAGAAGAAUUAUUGGGCUUCCUCCCACACCUACUUGGGAUGAAUUGAAGGACGCCAUGCGGCGUAAGUAUGUCACCGAACGCUACAAGCAAGAACAACUCAAGAAGGUGUAUACUUUAAGGCAAAGCAAAAAGAGUGUGGAAGAAUACUAUGAUGAGUUCCAAAUUGUCAAGAUGAGAAUCGACUUUGACGAGGAUGAGCUAAAUGCUAUGACUCGGUUUCGAGCCAAGUUAAAUGGUGAGAUUGUCUCACAAAUGAAACUUCACAACUAUGGGAGCAUUGAAGAGACUCUUCAAGCGGCUAUUGAAAUAGAGAAGGAACGAGGAGCUUCCUCCUCCAAUUGGCAAAAGAAUAAGGGUCCCAUACAAGAAGCCAAGAAACCCUUUAUGAAGAAUACUCAAGUUGAGAAGCAAGUUGACAAACAACCUCCGAAGUUUGCUCCAAAAGAAGGAGGUACGAAAACUCCUAUUCAAUGCUUUAAAUGUCAUGGCUUUGGUCAUAGAGCAAGUGAAUGCCCUAAUUGUAGAGCGUUUAUUUUGAGAGACACUUAUAAGGGCGAUCAUGAGAAUGAACAACAUGAUAGUGAAGGGGAUGGUGUUGAGGGUGAUAAUGAGCCUAUUGUACCUCUCUGUGUGGUGCGAAGGACCAUGAUAAGCAAAGCAAUGGAUGACCCAAGUCAACAGGAAAAUCUCUUCCAUUCCAAGUGCAUCAUUAACCAAAACACUAGCAUCAUGAUCAUUGAUAGUAGGAGUUGUGCCAAUGUUGCUAGUACCACCCUUGUUGAUUUCUUGAAACUUCCCAUGACCCGCCAUGAAAACCCUUACAAACAUCAAUGGCUCAAUGAAUGUGGUGAAUUGAAGGUGACUCGGCAAGCUAUCAUCAAAUUCACGAUUGGGAAGUAUCACGAUGAGGUGUUAUGUGAUGUUGUUCCCAUGCAAGCGUGUCAUCUUCUACUUGGCCGACCAUGGCAAUAUGAUAGGUCCGAAUUUGAUGAUGUGUUCCCAACGGAACUCCCAAAGGGGUUACCACCCUUGAGGGGAAUUGAACACCAAAUUGAUUUUAUCCCGAGGUCUCAACUACCAAAUAAACCGGCUUAUAGAGCCAACCCGGAUGACACUAAGGAGCUUCAAAGACAAAUAGAUGAACUCCUUGAAAAGGGAGUUGUGCGAGAAAGUAUGAGCCCAUGUGCCGUGCCCGUGAUUUUGGUGCCAAAAAAAGAUGGAUCAUGGCGCAUGUCUGUUUUCUUGGGAUUUGUUGUGAGCUCAAGGGGGGUUGAGGUUGAUGAAUCCAAAAUAGAAGCCAUAAGAAAUUGGCCCACUCCAAAAUCCAUUGGAGAUGUACGAAGCUUUCAUGGCUUGGCUAGUUUCUAUAGGCGUUUUGUUAAAGGAUUUAGUACCAUAGCCGCUCCUUUGACCGAGGUAAUCCGAAAGGACAAACCUUUUUCUUGGGGUACGGAGCAAGCUAAUCCCUUUGACACUUUAAAACAAAUGCUUAGCUCCGCACCAUUGUUGCAAUUACCCGACUUUGACAAAAUAUUUGAGAUUGAAUGUGAUGCAAGCAAAGUGGGUAUUGGAGCCGUUUUAAUGCAAGACCAAAAGCCCAUAGCCUAUUUUAGUGAAAAACUCAAGGGAGCGACUUUGAAUUAUACUACCUAUGAUCUUGAGUUGUAUGCCUUAAUUCGUGCUUUGGGAAAUUGGCAACACUACUUGUGGCCCAAAGAGUUUGUGAUUCGGACCGACCAUGAGUCCUUAAAGCAUCUUAAGGCCCAAGGUAAGUUGAACAAAAGGCAUGCCAAAUGGGUUGAAUUCUUUGAAUCCUUCUUAUGUAAUCCAAUACAAAAGGGAAAGGAUAACGUAGUGGUGGAUGCCUUAUCAAGGAAACAUUUUGAUGGUUUCUUGUUCAAGAACAAGCGACUAUGUGUGCCCAUGAGCUCUUGGAGGGAGUUAUUUGUGAGGGAGGCACACAAUGGGGGAUUGAUGGGACACUUUGGGAUUGACAAGACAAUGGGGAUUCUUGAGGAGCAAUUUUAUUGGCCCCACAUGCGGCGGGAUGUGGCCCGAAUUUGUGGCCAAUGCCUUGAAUGCCGAAAAGCUAAAUCUAGGCUUCAACCCCAUGGCUUGUACACUCCCCUCCCCAUCCCUCAACAACCUUGGUUUGAUAUUUCAAUGGACUUUGUGAUGGGAUUGCCUAGGACAAAAAAGGGAAAAGAUAGCAUCUUUGUUGUUGUUGAUCAUUUUUCGAAAAUGGCCCAUUUCAUUGCUUGCCAUAAGGUUGAUGAUGCUCCCCAUAUUGCUUCCUUGUUUGUUGAAAAUGUGGUUAAAUUACAUGGCAUUCCCAAGACAAUUGUGAGCGAUAGGGACCCCAAGUUCCUUAGCCACUUUUGGAAAGAAUUGUGGGGUAGGCUUGGAAUGAAGUUGUUGUUUUCCACCUCUUGCCACCCACAAACCGAUGGCCAAACCGAAGUUUUCAAUAGGACUUUAGGUUCUAUGCUUCGGGCCAUGGUAAAAGGGAAGCUAGCCUCUUGGGAAGACCAAUUGCCUUUAGUAGAAUUUGCAUAUAAUAGAGUUAUUCAUAGCACUAUUGGCAUGUCACCCUUUGAGGUGUUGUAUGGUUUUAACCCCCAACCCCUUGGACCUAACGCCUUUGUGGUCCUUGAACCGGGAGAUUGGGUGUGGGUGCACUUCCGAAAAGAAAGAUUUCCAAACAAGAGGAAGACAAAGUUGAUGCCACGUGGGGAUGCUCCCUUUGAAGUCCUUGAGAGGCUUAAUGAUAAUGCCUACAAAAUUGAUCUCCCUCCGGAAUAUCAAGUUCACAACACCUUCAACAUUUGUGACCUAUCUCCCAUGGAAAUGGAAAAUAAGGAAGGAUUGGAAUCAGUGGCUAUGCAAAACAAAUUUUCUGUUUUAUUCAAUGAAGAAGAUAUAAUUGAGAAAGAAACUGCAGAAAAUGGUGUUAAAGCUGAUGAUCUGAUGGAGAAAGUGGAGGAGAGGGUUAUAGAAGACAACACAGUUGAUGUUCAGGACUGUGGUGAUCAAGUCAUAAUAAAGUAUGUUCUGGGGAAUACAGAUUCAUUUGAAGAUGAAAAAGCUUUGUCCCCUUCUAAAUGGGGUAAUAGAGUGGAAGAUGAACUAGAAGAUGGGGAAGUUGAUGAAAGGGACUUAUCUGAGGAGGUUAUACAAAAGGAGAGUGAUUUGCUGGCUCAAGAUACUGAUAUAGUGGUUUCUCCUCAACAGAAUCUAGGUGCAGAUCAAUCACAGGAGAAGGUGGAUUCAUCAGUACAAUGGUUUCCUUCAAAAUCUACAGAUGGAAAGCAGGUGGAGACUAAAGAAGGGGUUGAAUCUAGUCAAAGUGGUGGAAAGGUAUCUUCAAUAAAAAAGAGUUCUCCUAUGAGAAAUUUACAUGACUUGGUUUCACGCAAACUUAUUAAUGAUCACAGUAGUCUAUUAAAGGAAAACAUUGAUGAUAAUGUGAUUAAAGAUGGAGAAGAUUCAGGUCAUGAGCCUGGUCUUAAGGUGGAGACUGUCAAUGAGGUGGAACAAGGCAGCACUGGAAAGGGAAAUCAAAAAUCGCCUUGGUGUUUCUCCAAAAUUAGUCACUAA